AUGGCGAAUUCGACUGAAAUACUGUUUGUUCUACAAGGACUGAAUGAUGCAUCGAACAAAAAUGCAUACUUUGUCUUCACUCUUCUCGUGUACCUUUUUACUGUUUUUGUGAACCUUACUUUAAUUGUGACAAUUGUUUUAAACAGAAUCCUCCACGAGCCCAUGUUUAUAUUUCUGUGUAGCUUAUGUGUAAAUGGGAUAUUUGGUGUCUCGACAUUUUAUCCGAAAGUAUUGGUGGACUUUUCAUCUGACGUGAGUGUUACUCCGUACAACGAUUGUCUUGCUCAAAUGUUUGGAAUAUACAAUUACGUCUUCUGUGAAAUCACUAUGUUAUCAGUGAUGGCUUAUGACAGGUAUGUCGCGAUAUGCAAGCCACUCAAUUACCACUCCAUCAUUACGCCUCGGAAGGUGAUGAACUUGUUGAUUUUUACCUGGCUGUCUUCCAUCUUUGAAUCAGUAGUUGUGGUGGGUCUGGUAACCAGACUGCCACUCUGUGAAUUCAACAUCGAAAAGCUUUACUGCACAGCCUGGGCAGUGGUAAAGCUAUCCUGUGUGGAUACCGCUAUCAACAACAUAUUCGGGUCCAUUCUCAUGGUUAUACACGUUUCUGAAGCAUUGGUGAUCUUUUUUUCCUAUGUCAAUAUCGUGAGAGCAUCUGUGCGAUCGCAUGAAGAACGGAAUAAAUUCAUGCAGACCUGUUUGCCACAUUUGAUCUCAUUGGCCAACUUCUCAGUCGCAAUCGUUUUUGACAUCAUGUACGCUCGCUAUGGUUCCACCACCAGUCUGCACGCUCUCCGAAAUUUCAUGUCCCUAGAAUACCUUCUAGUUCCACCGAUCCUAAAUCCCCUCAUCUACGGCUUGAAAAUGAACCAGAUCCGCCGGAGAAUCUUUAGAAUUUGCAGCCGGAAAGUCGAUACUCUAAAGUGA